CGCAGUUCGUGUCGCAGUCGCCCGGCCGCGGAUUACUUUGAUUUUUGUCGCGGGAACUUUUUUUUUUGAAAAGUAAAAGGUGUAUGUCGUUCUGUAUUUCAGUGGAUUUUUGGGUGACUGGGUUUUUUUGAUUUUUCCGUGUUGAUAGCAGUUCGAGUUUGGCCGGAGUUGUGACUUUUUCCAAUAAGUAGCGACACUUGGCACUAAAGGUGCCAUGAAGGAAAAAAGCAAAAAUGCAGCACGAAGUAGAAGAGAAAAAGAAAACGCUGAAUUUUUGGAAUUAGCAAAACUAUUGCCACUUCCUGCGGCGAUCACAUCACAACUAGACAAAGCAUCAGUAAUCAGACUGACUACCUCGUAUCUAAAAAUGAGGCAGGUGUUUCCCGAUGGUUUGGGGGACGCAUGGGGAGCGACACCAAUCAUUCCGAACACCAGGGAAACACCGAUUAAAGAAUUAGGAUCGUACCUUUUACAAACUUUGGAUGGAUUCAUUUUCGUAGUAGCACACGAUGGAAAAAUUAUGUACAUAUCAGAAACGGCAUCGGUGCAUUUAGGAUUAUCACAGGUAGAGCUGACAGGAAACAGCAUAUACGAAUACAUCCAUCCUGCAGACCACGACGAAAUGACAGCUGUACUAGCUCCCACCAUGUACCCCCCAGGGAUAGCACCUCUCCACGAACACGAAAGCGAACGAGCCUUUUUCCUGAGGAUGAAGUGCGUUCUAGCGAAACGAAAUGCUGGUUUGACGAAUAGUGGUUACAAGGUGAUACAUUGCUCGGGAUACCUAAAAGUGAAGCCAUUGACAUCAGCUUCAGGCCUCUACGAUUCAAGUUACUGUCAAAUUAUGGGCCUUGUCGCAGUAGGCCAUUCUUUACCACCAAGUUCUAUCACAGAAAUAAAAUUGCACACAAAUAUGUUCAUGUUUAGAGCGAGCUUGGAUUUAAAACUAAUUUUUCUAGAUGCUAGAGUUGCCCAAUUGACUGGAUACGAACCUCAGGAUCUUAUAGAAAAAACUCUGUAUCACUAUGUACAUGGAAGUGAUAUUCUAGCACUUAGAUUAUCGCACCAUCAAUUGUUAUGUAAAGGACAAGUCACAACAAAAUACUACAGAUUUCUGUGCAAAGGUGGGGGAUGGGUAUGGAUGCAAAGUUAUGCAACUAUUGUACAUAAUUCUAGAUCUUCAAGACCUCACUGUAUCGUAUCAGUGAAUUACGUUUUAAGUGAUUUUGAAGCCAAAGAUCUCCUUCUUAAUGUAGUUCAAGGAGCACCAAGAGAUGAUAUACCCAAUUCGCCUAGAUCACCAAUAACUGUCGCACCUCGAAGUCUAGCAUCACAAAAGUAUACACCAUCUCAUCAGCAUCGUCUUUCUUCCAAUAUCAUUUCUCCUCAGACGUCAUCGAUAACAGAAGACGAUUUUAGUGAUUCUAACGGGGGAGGAAUUUCCUAUUUAGAAUAUUCUUCAGGGUUUUUACAUUUUAAUAACGAAGAUACGUACUACCAACAUCAAGAAAUGUUUUACCCUUAUUCCGAUCCUGAAAUCAGUCAGCAGCACGUACUAGGGGCUUCCCAGCAACGACCGUUCAGUGCUUCCUCUUCGUCUUGUAGUUCUUCGGAAAGCGAGCUCCAUCUCCAAAAUCUCAACAGCAAUAACUAUUGCACAGAGCCUCAUAGUUUCAGUAUUAACUGUUUUAAUAAUAAUCAGAAUCAAGGCCAGAACUGGCAUGGACACGAUUUGAAACCAUUGAACGUACAAGCGCAUUCGGCUGGAUAUACCAGUGUUAUCGUUGACGCUCAGCAGUAUCAACUGGCGAACGAAUAUGUUCAUUAGUAAUGAUUUGCGUAGUAGUGUUAAAGAAAGGAAACGCAUUUGAAAAAUAUAUAAAGAAGUGAGUUAACUAUUUUUCGCUAUUACUUCGGGGAAGUUAUAUUGAUUUAAUUGAAUAAGUUUCCUAAAAAUAAUUAGAGGAAGGCUUGUUUUUAAUUAUUUAAAAAAAUACGUAAUCUUGACUGAAUAUAAUUUUCAUAUAUCAUUGCACUCCACACCAUGUCUUAUAAGUUUUUUGGAGUUGCUACUUUUAUAUUUAUUAAUUAUCUUUUUUUUUGUAUUAUGAUAGGGCAACCAAUGUCACAUUAAGGUGUAUUAUUUUUGCAAGACAAAACUAAACAUUUUGCGUUCAUUUUUAUCCUCUAGAAAAUGGAAAUAAUUUGCUUCAGUCUGCAGUGGUGGAACACUCCAAGAAGAUGUCUUAAAAAGCCAUUGUAAAAAUGCUUUACUAGAUAAUUAACUUGUCAUAUUUCUUCAUGGCUCAGG